AUGGCCUGUACAUGGGAGGUCGGCAUUGUCAGAAUCUCGCCAAGGGACACCAUAUCAAUCUGGCCAGAGAACACUGUAUCAAGGGACAUCAUCAGCACAAGGGACACCAUACAACAAUGGGGUUUAACAUUGCAAGUCUUGGAGCAUCUUGAUGCAGCAGAAAAGAAGAUUGAGAAGCUCAAAAAUGAAGGUGCAGACAAGGGCAAACCUCCCAAGAAGGCUGCAACCCCGAACAUUUUGAGCAAGCAUCCAAUCUUGGAAGACCCGUUGCUUGGCAAGGCAAAGCAAGUAGAAGUGUUGAUAGCUAUCAAACCAUUACCAAACAGAGAACCAUUUGAGAUGUUGAACGAAGGGGGCCCUUCCACUGUCGAUGCAAAAUUUGUUCCAGUCUGUGUCUAA